GAAGCUACUCACUGUUAUGUAGUGUUUUAUUUUAUAAGAAUAUUCAUAAACUGUGCUGGUUAGUUUAUGAUUUUGAAGCUGUGUAUGCCUUGUGUGCCUUUGGGGUCCUUAACGUGCAGAAGUUUGAGAAGUGAUUGACUGUACAAACAGGAUGUGGGUAGGUGUUAAAGAAGUGAGACGAGAGGUGAACAGUGAAGUGGAACACUAGACCCUGUGGAACAAAAACAUUUUCAUUUACUUAAUACAAUGUUAAAGUAAUUUCAUUUUGUUUGACUUUGUUAUGUAGCUGGAGGCCAUCUUUGACUUUGUGGCUCUUUAGGGUGGAAUUUCAUAUGAGCUCAAAAGUCAGACUCAUGAUUAGUCACUUGCCAAGUGAAGCGGAAGUGCCUGACUAGCUAAGUAAUGUUUGCUCCCCUCAUUGAAAGAUCCGUAUCAGGCAUUUUUGUUAGCUACAAUGGAGUUUAGGCUGCUGCUGACCUUAGUUCUUUCUACGCACAUCACAGGAUUCAGUGCUGAGAUUUUUGUGUUUGUUCAGACAGGAGCUUCUGUUCAGCUGGAUAUACAGACACAACAACUACCAGAGUUUGAUGAUUUAUACUGGACAAAAGAUAAAUCAGACAAUAUAGUUAAAUAUACAAAUGAAUCUAAAAAAGUAAAACUUCACUCUUCCUACAAGCACAGAGUGAAUUUCAAUUAUACAACCUUUUCUCUAACACUGAAGAACAUGCAGAAGACAGACAGUGGACUCUUCACAGUAAGAAUAAGUGGAGAAUCAGAGAACAAUAUUGUUACAUACAGAGUAUCUGUUAUAGAUGCAGUGGAAGCUCCAGUCCUGACUGUAAACUCAAACUGGUCCAGUCCUGAACCCUGUAAUUUUACAUGUAAUUUUACCAUCAGCUCCAUCUAUAAUAGUAGCAGCUGUUCUCCAGAGGAAGUAACAUCUUCUGAUAAUCACACUCUAAGACUGAGCUGCAGUGGUGACUCCAUCAUGUGUAACUAUAGCAACCCAGUGAGCUGGAAGACUGACACAAAGAAGGUUAAUGAACUCUGCAUUGUUAAUGAAGGAAAACAAGAAGCAUCUGCAUUUCCACCUUGGGUCAUUGCUAUUAUUUGUUUAUUCACAUUGACAUUGGCAGCAGUGAUCAGCUUCUGUAUUUACGAAGGGAAAAAAGGUGCCCAGAAGAAUGAACAAACAAUCUAUGCAGAAGUGGACGAGAACAUCAAGCCACAAAAGUCACUGGAGAUGUUGCAGAAAUCAGAGAAUCCUCAGACAGUGUAUGAUACUGCAGGAGAUCCAGGAAAAACUCAUGUUACCAUCCACACCACACCUAACAACGACCCUAUGAAUCAGAGUUCAUCACUCACAGAGAAAAGCAAGCCAGAUGCAGCAGUCACUAUCUACUGUGCCAUUCAGCAGCAACCAAAAACUCAAAACUGAACCUGAAAACACUAUUUAUGCUGUGGUCAAUAAACAGCCAGCCGGGUAUGAAUCUGCACAUUCACAAUCAGAAUAAAAGUGAGCUUCUUAUAAAUCUGAACCCUUACAGUGAUUCAAAGUGAUAAAGGACUUUAUGUGUUCAGGAAGGCAGUGUUAUUCUCAGUGUAAAUAAGCAGCAUUUAUCAUGUGCAAUGUGGUCCCAUUGUAGUUGAUUUAGGGCGUGUUAAAGAUAUUUCUAUAUGUAAAUUCUGUCUUUUUUAAAGCAACAGUAAAUGUAUUUUUGUUGAAAAAUUGUUGUACAUGUGGCUCAGACAAGAAUGCAAAAUCACAUGCAUGUGGUUUCUAUAGAUUUCUGUUAGAGAUUCCUCACCGCCUUGUUGCAGGCAACACCUGAAAACCACUUCCUGGAAAGUAUUUGUCAAACUAUAAGCUAUUUUGAAAGGUCAUGGGGGCGGUCAUUUGCCCAUUUGCCCCCAUCCCUCUGAAAAACACACAGUUUAGUAAACAAAAAGUAAUGAAUAUAAAAUCAGAAAUGUACUCUUCAAAGCCACUUUGCACUAAAGGAAGUAAAGAUUAUUGCACUCAAGUUCAUGGAAUAUAUCAGUAACUGGUGAGGCAUCUGUGUACUGAAUCCAAUAUAGACAGCAUCAGUGAUCAUAGCCUAAUGGUAUAAUUUUCUUUUGAUGUGACACUUGUUUCUGGUGAUGUGACUCCAGGUGUCAGCCAUUAAGGGCUUGUCUCCCUACUUUUUGUUAUACUGAUCUCCGUUCAUACGAACUUGAAUUCAGAAGACAGGAAACACAAGAUCAUGUCAGUUUCACUGCAUUCCAAAGUUCAAAUUUGGUGAACUUUGUCCUGCAAAUUCAUAUCACAUGAAGACAUGCGACCAAUAGAAGAUCUGUGUGGCCUCUUAGCUCAAUUAAAAGAACCAAAACUUUAAAUCAGCAGAAUUGAACUGUUGCAGUAAAGUGAAUUAGAUUACAUAUUUUUACAUCGCGGAUGUAUUAUAUAGUAUAUGUAGAAGUAUAUUUUAAAAAAAGACCACAUUACAACCAUUGCAGUAUUCACAUGCAAAGUCUAGUUUGACCGCAGCUUAAAGCAACUAAAUGCCAGAGGGCGUGGCCUAUGGUGCAAUGAUGUAUUCUUUGAUAUCUUGCUCUGGAGGCAUAUGCCUACUUAUUUGUCCAUGUGACAUCACAGAUCCCACAAUAUCCAAACAAGCUUUUUUGGAGCAUGGUUAAAUAAAUGUUUUUUAAUAAUGAGGACUUUUUGAAUAGGAAGCCAUGAAACUUGUAUGAUGUUUUAAUGGUACAAAGAUCUAGAUGUGAAAAGAUCAAAGAAUGUGAAAAAAGUGAUUUUUCAUGUCAUAAUCCUUUACUUAUGAUUUUGCUGUUUCUCAUUUUGUUUGGAAUUUUGUCUUCAAUAAUUGCAUAUUUAAUAGCUGUCUUUGUUCUGUUUCUUUUUGUAUUAGCCUGUCCUCAUGUUUUGAACUCAUGUCAAGCCACUGUUCUUGCAGCUUUUACCAUAAAUGUAUUUAUUUUUUACUCAUUUGUGCAGCUAGAUGUAAUUUAGCAUUACUGUAUGUCUUAUCAAUUGUCUGCUACAAUAAAUUUAGAGUACGCAUUGCACAUGUUUGUGCUCUUUU